AUGCUGUUACGCGAUUCAAAAUGGGCACUCAUCAAACAAGACCACAUUCUCAAUUCUUCAAAAGAUUCACUAAGUUGCCCACACCGGAAGCAGUACGCUCGCAGGCCAGAGCCCCAACAUCUCGCAGGAGUCUGCCCGGACGAUAGAAAAACCUUCUCGAUAACCGGCCCUCAUGUGCGACCACCACCUGUGAUAUUCAAGGAUCUGGGGCUGUUUGUUAAAUGGGGAAGCGCUGCGAGAAUUUCAGAGGGUCAGUGCCUCUAUGCUCUCGGCCAGCUCCUCAAAGAUAAUGUCCCGGUUCCGGAGAUAUACGGGUGGCGGGAGGAUGGCGGUCAAACUUUCAUUUAUAUGGAGUAUUUGCAUGCGCAGACUCUAGAGCAAGUGUGGGAUAACCUGGAACCUGGUGACCGCGUUUCGAUCUAUUAUGAGCUCCGGACAAUCUUUAGCAACCUUCGCCACCUUGAACAGAAGCCGGCAGAAUCAUUUAUAGGUAACAUUGCACAAGCUCCUCUGUAUGAUAGAGCUUUCCACGUCGAGUCUAUGCCCGAAGCAGGGCCGUUUAAUACCGUCCAGGAAUUCCAUGACUGGUUCACUUUCCUAUAUCGAAAACCAAUGUCAGAUCCAUAUUCUAUCCCAAUCGAACUGUUCCGUCAGGACCUGCCUGAUGAUAGUGAAAUCAAAUUUACGCAUAGCGAUCUCCACCGGAGCAACAUCUUGAUAACACGCUCUAAACCCCAUCAUGUUCUUGCACUCGUCGAUUGGGAACAGUCAGGCUGGCUACCUGUGUACUGGGAGGCCAGAAAGGCGCAGUAUACUGCUGACAAGAAUGACGAAUGGUCUAGAAAAUAUUUGCCAAUGAUUUUGUGUCAGUAUACUAGCACUUGGGAUCCAUGGGACUACUACACUACGGCCAUGGGAUGUUGA